GCUUUGUUCCACUGUGCCAGUUCCGAGGCGCGCGCGCACGAUAGCCGUCGAGCUAUUUCUACUUUUACCCGCCUUCGCAAAACCGCUUAUUUGCGUAUUUUAGCAGAGUUGUUUUUAUUUAUCCACAAGAUUCGAUGUUCAAACUUCCAAAAAAUCAAUUUUUGGAUGUAACAGACAGCUGUGUUUGUCGUAAAACCCCUAGGAGGACAUUCAAACGGAAGGCGCGAGCCGGUUUGACGGUUGUCAGCGCGAGCCAUCUUUUACUUUCAUUUAUUCUCGGUCGGGGGCUUACACAAGUUACCGCUGCACUUUUAAAACAGGAAAAUAAGUAAUUACACUUGCAUUUCGUAAGUAAAACCCGUGUUUCAUACUGUACUCUGGUAAAGAUAAUAAGCAUGGCGCAAUUUCACGAGGAUCCGGCGCUGCUCACUAAAGAGAAACUGAAGAGUGAGUUACUGGCCAAUAAUGUUCCUCUACCGAGCGCUGACAGCAAGAAAGACGUCUAUGUUCAGCUGUAUCUGAAGAACCUGACCGUGCUCAACAAGAAGAGCCUCUCUCCUCCCGCUCAGGACACUUUCUCCAGUGAUGAGGAGAUGACAGCGCCGCUGGUGUCCGACAGAAGCCGCUCGGGGAGGAAAGCCACAAGAAAGACUGACAGAGUUCGGGCUGAGGAGAACGACUUUUUGGGAUUGACUGAUGAAGAGUUGAAGGUUCAGCUUCUGAAGUAUGGAGUCAAUACAGGACCAAUUGUUGCAACGACACGUAAGGUGUAUGAGAAGAAACUCCAGCAGUUCCUGGAGCAUCCGCCGCUGGAGAAUAUCCUUCCUGAACCCAAGACCGCGAUCCCAGAGGCCAUCACCAUCAAAGCAGACGGAAACCAGAACGGCAACACGCAUUCAGCUGAAGAUCAGUACAGCGACAAAGAAGAAGAAAUUGAUCCAGUACCUGAGCCGGUUCCUGUAGUGACGAAGCCGGUCCGGAGCAGAGGAAAGACUCCAGUCACCACCAGGACCAGCAGCCGGCAGCGCUCUAAACAGGUGGUGGAGGAGACGGCAUCGGCCAUUGAGGAAGCAUCCGUGGACGGAGGAGAUAUUCUGAAGGAAAUCUUCCCCAAUGAACCCGCCACACCAACCGGAAUAAUGGCCACAUGUCGGAGGCCGAUCCACGGUGCGGCCGGGCGUCCGGUGAAGCCGCUGAACCUCUGGUCCGAGGAGUCGCUCCUUCAGCAGAACAUUUACACCGCGACUAAAUCCUCCGUCACAGACGUCCGCAGUGCAGCACCCGCCGCUCGUCCCCCUCCUCGCCGCUGGUUCGCUGUCUGGCUGAAGCUUCUAGUGUUCAUCGCACUGGCUGCGUCUCUGUACUACGCCUUCCAGAACGUCACCGCCGAUCAGAUCGACUCCUGCCAGCUCUAUGUCCAGGACAAUCUGAUCACACCCAUCAUCAAUUACAUUAACCUGGAAUACCAAUCAGGUGGUGGCGACAGCAAGUGAGCAGCGGAUACGUCGAGCCGCUUCAGCAUGCAUUACCGUCAGACUGAUUUUCUAGUCAUUUAAGGAGCAACGCAUCGGCAGGGUUUGGGGAGGGGGGAUUCUGGUUAUUUCAGUUUGACCUAGCAGUCACAUCUGAAUAGACUUGUGUUUCAAGUAGUCUUUAACCUCUGUGUGCAUCGUGUGUUUUGAUCUUGCUUUGGGAUUUUACGGUUUUCGUAGCAUUCGAGACGACGUAGACAAGUGUAGUGUUCAUUCACGAUCGCUAGCAGUGAAUCAUUCGCCGUUCAGAAUCACACAACGAGAGUUUA